GGGGGAGGGGGAAGAGUGGGGAGAGUGGGGAGAGAAAAGAAUCGGAGGGGACGAAAUAAUUGAAGACGUCGCUCUUUACCGUACAGGUUGCCCUGUUUUUCCUUGGUGGUACGGCGAAGUGGGGGCGUGGGGCGGCGAGCCACGGCGUUCCAAGGGCCCCUUCUUCUUCUCGUUAUUUACGCCUCCUGCCACCACCUCCGUGGGCCGAACGGUAUCCGAAGGCAGAAAAACCAACCGCACAAGCACCAGCCUCGCGACCGCGCCCUUGUUCUUCUCUGUCUCUCUCUCUCUCUCUCUCUCUCUCUCUCUCUCUGUCCUUUCUCUUCUUCCCUNCCCCCCUCCCACCCCCGCGCGUUUCUCUUUGGGCGGUGGAUGCUCCUUUGGCCGCUUCCGCUUCGUCGUCUUCGCGUGGCCGCUGCGGCAGAUCUGAGAGGCCACAAGGGUUUUCUCGCCAUCUCUGCCUGCAGAUUAUGGAUGGGGAUCGUCGUUGAGUUCAUCAUCGGAGGUCGUCGUGAUUUCGAUCAGAGGUCGAAAGGGUAGAGGAAUAACAAUAAAAAUAACAGAGGAAAGAAAGGAAAAAAGAAAAAAGAAAAGCAACCCUGCAUACUAUCUUGUAGAAAAAAGAGAGGGGGGCUAUUUUUGGGCGUUCUUUCGACGUGAUCCAGUGCUCGGGUUGGGGGGUGUUUGAGAAAUGGAGGGAGAGGUGGGGCCGCAGGUGGCGGCGCCUCCUCCGAUAUUCUUCCACCAGCCGCUUCCGGGGCAGUUCCACGACCCCAAGAAGCGGGGCUUCCCGUGGCAGUUCCACCAUCCGCAGCCGCAGCAGCAGCAGCAGCAGCGUGCCCCGCCCUCUAACAACUCUUCCAACCCCACCGGCAAUUGGAACCCUAAGCUAUGGGAUUGGGACAGUUCAAGCUUCGCGGCAAAGCCCUCGUCCGAUGUCUCCGACGCCCUCUGUCUCGGGACCCUGCCCGCGGAUGCGGAGCAGAGGAAGAAGGCGGCAGCAGUGGCGGCUGCGGCUGGGGAGGACAGUUCCAGUUCCAAGGCCUCACCUUUCCGCAACGACCCGGAAGUGGGCGGUGAGAACAAUUUGACUUUGAAGCUCGGGGGUGGAGCUUACUUGGCGGCGCCGCAGGCAGGGACUACAGCUGCAGCUGCAGCUUCAGCUUCAGCUGCAGAAGAGGCAGCCAUUAGACCGAGCAAGAGGGUCCGGUCAGGGUCUCCGGGGAGCGGCGGGAGCUACCCGAUGUGCCAGGUGGAUGAUUGCCGGGCGGAUCUGUCAAACGCCAAGGACUACCACAGGAGGCACAAGGUGUGUGAGGUUCACAGCAAGACCACCAAGGCCCUUGUGGGCAAACAGAUGCAGAGGUUCUGCCAGCAGUGUAGCAGAUUUCACCCGCUCUCAGAAUUUGAUGAGGGAAAGAGGAGUUGCAGAAGGAGGCUUGCCGGACAUAACCGUCGAAGAAGGAAGACCCAGCCGGAGGAGGGUCCGCCUCGGCUAUUGCUUCCUGGAAACCAGGAGAACGGGACCAACGCGAAUUUGGAUUUAGUCAGUUUGCUCGCUGUCUUGGCACGCUUGCAAGGUAAUAAUAACGCGUGUAAACCACCCAACGUUCCUCCUGUACCUGAUCGAGACCGCUUAGCUCAAAUUCUUAGUAAAAUAAACUCAUUGAACAACCCAAAUUCUUUGACAAGAUUGCCUUUAGGAGGUUUGGACUUAAAUGUCUCUGAAGCACCACAGCAGGAAUCGUCUGAUCAGGCAGUUAACAGGAGUGAGAACCAAUCUGCCCCGUCCACCAUGAACUUAUUAGCAGUGCUCUCGGCAGCACUUGCUGCCUCCCCCUCAGAAGCCCUUGCAUCUGUAUCGCAAGGGAGCAGUGAUAGUAGUGGCAAUGACAAAAGCAAGGGACAAUGCACGGAGCCCUCUAACGAUGUUAACUCUCAUGACAAACCAUCUCAAGCCUUUCCUUUGGUUGGAAUUGCGAAAACCGCUUUUGCUAAUCGAUCUGAGCUGGAACUCUCCAAGCAUCCUGUUAAAGAAGCCCGACCCUGCUUGCCUCUGCAGCUGUUUGGUUCUUCUAUGGACGAUAGCCCGCCGAAGAUGGGUUCUGCGAUUAAGUACUUGUCGUCUGAGAGUAGUAAUCCAAUGGAAGAGAGAUCUCCUUCCUCUUCUCCUCCUGUAACUCAGAAGCUUUUCCCUCUACAUUCUGAAGACACUGCUGCUGUUGAAGCUAGCACGAGCCAUCGCUGGUGUGCACCACUACAACUUUUUAAGGAUUUGGAUAGACCGGCUGAGAAUGGGGUGAUGCAAAAUAUUUCCCUCCCGGCAGGUUAUACCUGUUCCUCGGGUUCAGAUCAUUCACCUUCUAGCUCCAAUUCGGAUUCACAGGACCGGACUGGUAGAAUAGUUUUCAAGCUUUUCGGGAAGGACCCAAGUAGUUUUCCUGGGAACCUUCGUGCUCAGAUAUUGAAUUGGCUUGCGCAUAGUCCCUCCGAUAUGGAGAGCUACAUUCGACCUGGUUGUGUUGUUUUGUCGAUUUACUUGUCGAUGCCAUCAAUUGCAUGGGAGGAACUUGAAGAAAAUCUUCUUCGACGAGUCACUUCACUAGUUCAGUGUUCCAAUUCAGAUUUUUGGAGAAAUGGAAGGUUUCUAGUUCGAACAAAUAGACAGCUAGUCUCUCAUAAGGAUGGAAUUGUCCGUCUGUCUAAGUCAUGGAGAACAUGGAGUGCUCCUGAGUUGACUUCUGUGUCACCUCUUGCUAUUGUGGGUGGGCAGAGGACCUCCCUUCUCCUCAAAGGUUGCAAUUUGACUGUUCCCGGCACCAAAAUCCACUGCACACUUAUGGGGAAAUACACAUCGAAAGAAGUUUUAUCGUCGGCAUAUCCAGGCACUAUUUAUGACUAUUCUAGUAUGGAGAGUUUUGAUUUUCCUGGAGGAUCUCCUCUAGUCUUGGGUCGCUGUUUUAUUGAGGUAGAGAAUGGCUUCAAAGGGAACAGCUUUCCUGUGAUUAUUGCAAAUUCUUCGAUCUGCCAAGAGUUAAGAACCCUUGAAACUGAGUUUGAGGAGGAUGUUCGAACACCAGAUGUAGUUUCUGAGGACCGGAUUGUGGAUAAUGGGCGGCCGAGAUCAAGGGAGGAUGUCCUCCUCUUUCUAAAUGAACUUGGUUGGCUGUUUCAGAAAGCUAGUAACACCUAUUCCACCCCUUCCUACCCCAAGAUAGCUGAACCUGAUUUCCUUGAUUUCUCUGUUACCCGAUUCAAGUACCUCUUUACAUUUUCGGUCGAAAGGGACUGGUGCAGUGUUACUAAAACACUUUUGGAUAUGCUUGUCAAAAGAAGCUCCAGCAGUGAUGCAUUGGCACAGGAAUCUCUGGAUAUGCUUUCAGACAUCCAUUUGCUCAACAGAGCAGUGAAGAGAAAAUGUCGAAGAAUGGUAGAUUUGCUACUUCGGUUCUCUGUUAUUCAGUCAGAUAAUUUCAAAAUGUAUCCCUUUCCUCCAAAUUUGCCUGGUCCUGGGGGUUUGACCCCAUUGCAUGUGGCUGCAUCUUCCCAAGGCUUGGAGGAAAUAGUUGAUGCACUCACAGAUGACCCUCAAGAGAUUGGAUUAAAAUGCUGGGAAUCACUGCAAGACGACAGUGGCCAAUCUCCUCACAUGUACGCCACAUUAAGGAACAAUCAUUCAUACAACGACCUGGUGGCUAGGAAGCUAGCAGAUAAGAAGAAUGAUCAGAUUUCAUUAUGGGUUGGAGAUGAGGAGAGUUUCACAGACGAAUUUGCGGUAAGAGGUGAGAAUAAUAGAGCCAGUGUUGCCCAAACUUUUCAAUCAAGAUCUUGUGCACAGUGUGCCAUGAUGAAGACGGGGCUGCUGAGGCGUCCGGUCCGCUCGCGAGGACUGCUCAACCGCCCAUACAUCCAUUCAAUGCUUGCCAUUGCUGCGGUAUGUGUGUGCGUCUGUGUAUUUAUGCGAGGCUCACUCAGGAUUAAUUCUGUUGGCUCCUUCAAAUGGGAAAAUCUGGACUACGGCCCAAUUUAAAGCUCCAAGGGGGAACAAUGGAUGUUCUCUUCUCUUUCAACUUGUGACUUUUGUUGAGAAUUAUCUGUAUGGUUAUCUUCACCAUUGGUUUCUUGGUUUGAGCUUGACAAAGAUGAGUGGAGUUCUUUCGUGCGGAGGGUUGACUUAAUGUGGUGAAGAUUUGACCGUGCGAAAAUGAUCGAUAGAACCUCCGUGAAACUGGCGGACUGGUCAGUCAGAAGCAAGCACUGAAGGAAGCAGCAGGGCUUAAAAUGGAAGUGGGGGCCAGAGGUAUGUCUGUCUUAUCUCAUUACCCGAUGAAAUAAAAUGACUGGACACGAGUGGAGCAACCUCUGAUUUUUCUUUCUUUAUUAUUUUUUUUCUUUCUUUCUUUCUUUCUUUCUUUCGGGGAGCGACCUUUCUGAAUCAUUCUAUAUAUCGAGUUCUUGCCUGUAUUAUUAUUUUAUCGCUCUUGUAUUUUGUUCUUUUCCUUUUUCUUUUCUUUUGGGUGGUGAAGUGUAGUGAUGGUAGCACGGGGAAAUGCUCAUGGGUUGUGUCUGUAAUUGCAUGAGAGUGCUAUUGAAUUACUCACAUACUAACAACAUAAAAGGUUUACUCA